CCGAACUAUGACGAGCAGUGCGAGAUUCGUUUGCCCAACCAGGCAUGGAUUCCGCCUACGAUUCCUAGUGCUGUUAAGACGGUUGGUUCAACCGGCUGGUAUCGGUGGACACCAGCUGGUAUUGAGAGAACAGAAUGCCGUGGGGAAAAAUUUCGGGUUUGUUCACUAUUUUACAACUCGGAGUGUUACCAUUUCCUGGGAGUGCCGUUCGAUUGCCGCCAAAAAAGCGUGCAACAGUCCCGGCGGAGAGAUGGUAUCGGUUGGCGCAGAGUCAUGUUCCAAUAUCUCCUUAAUGACCCUUAUCCCCCAAUUUCAGUCAUGCGCUUCGAUGUGAAUUAUAACGUCCUUGCCGGGAAGGGUUCUGAUUCCUGGAUGCCGCAACUCAUUCCAGAGACAUACAACCAGAACCAAGAGGACUACGAUUAUAGCAACACUGGAAUUGCUGGAGAUCUCUCCCUCCUCCUCGCUUUCGCGGCUUUCUCCUGUCCCCACGAUGCCUACACAGUGUUAGAAGUCAUUCGUCUGUCCUUCAAACCUCCAAUUUGGCACCGGCACAACCUUCCGGCCUCAAGGAGACACGGAACCGGCGUGGUCGUGUCCAUCCACCUGGACUCCGACUCAAAUAUCACAGCGCAAGACUUACGAAACAUCGAGGAAGGCAAAAAUGGCCCAAUAAUCCAGGCUUGAUCCCGGAGAAGGGGAGAACAAAAGAAAUAUUGUCCCCUACCAGCAAUCAGUAACCGCCAUGGUAUAAAUUUGUAUGUGUAUACCUGUGGCUUUUUAACCAACUGUGUCCAUUCAUUGCCCAUAUUUUAUCCCCCUUCUUUCUUUGAGAAGAUUGGUUGAAAUCCAUGCAAAAGCAGGCCUUUUGACCAGACAUAU